AUGGCGACCCCCUCCCGCACCUCCUGGGCCGACGUCGCCGACGCCGACCCCGCCCCGGCCCCCGCCCCCGCCGCCAACGGCCCCGCCCGCCCCGACCGGAGCUCCUACGUGCCCCCCCACCUCCGCAACCGCGGGGCUUCGUCGGGUGGGGGCGCGGCGGCGCCUCCGCCCUCAUCAUCCUCCUCCUCCGCGCCGCCCCCUCGCGCCGCCCCUGGCCUCCUCGCCCCCCGCCCCGCCGCCGCCGGCAUGGGGAGGAUGGGCGGCGGCGGUGGCGGCGGAGGAUUCGGUGGGCCAAGGAGGUGGGACCGGGAGCCGAACCCGUUCGGGAACGACGGCGACGCCGCGGCGGGGGCGGGGGACGAGCCGGAGGUGUUCGACGCGCACCAGAACACCGGGAUCAACUUCGACGCGUACGAGGACAUCCCCGUGGAGACGAGCGGGAGGGAGGUGCCGCCGCCGGUGGGCACGUUCGCCGAGAUCGACCUGGGCCAGGCGCUCAACGACAACAUCCGCCGGUGCAAGUACGUGCGCCCCACGCCCGUGCAGCGGUACGCCAUCCCGAUCUCGCUCGCGGGGAGGGACCUCAUGGCGUGCGCGCAGACCGGGUCCGGGAAGACGGCCGCCUUCUGCUUCCCCAUCAUCAGCGGCAUCAUGCGCGGCCCGCCCGCGCAAAGGCCCCAGCGCGGCGGGAUGAGGACCGCCUGCCCCCUCGCGCUCAUCCUCUCCCCCACCAGGGAGCUCUCCAUGCAGAUUCAUGAGGAGGCGAGAAAAUUUUCCUAUCAGACCGGUGUCAGGGUGGUUGUUGCAUAUGGAGGAGCACCUAUUAAUCAGCAGUUGAGAGAUCUUGAGAGGGGUGUUGACAUUCUUGUGGCUACUCCUGGCCGUUUGGUUGAUUUAUUGGAGAGGGCAAGAGUAUCUUUGCAAUCUAUCAGAUAUCUUGCCCUUGAUGAGGCAGAUAGAAUGCUUGAUAUGGGUUUUGAACCGCAAGUUAGGAGAAUUGUUGAGCAAAUGGACAUGCCUCCGCCAGGUGCCAGGCAGACAAUGUUGUUCAGCGCCACGUUCCCAAAAGAAAUCCAGAGAAUGGCAUCUGACUUCCUGGAGAACUACAUAUUCCUGGCUGUUGGAAGAGUUGGGUCAAGUACAGAUUUGAUUGUACAGAGAGUUGAGUUUGUGCAGGAGGCAGACAAAAGAAGCCACUUGAUGGAUCUGCUUCAUGCACAAAGAGACAGUGCUACUCCAGGAAAGCCAACUCUUACACUUGUCUUUGUGGAAACCAAAAGGGGUGCUGAUUCGUUGGAGCACUGGUUGUGUAUGAAUGGAUUUCCAGCUACUUCUAUUCACGGUGAUAGAAACCAGCAGGAAAGAGAGUAUGCUUUGAGAUCCUUCAAAAGUGGACAUACUCCUAUUCUAGUUGCAACUGAUGUGGCAGCCCGGGGCCUUGACAUUCCUCAUGUUGCUCAUGUUGUGAACUUUGAUCUUCCCAAUGAUAUAGAUGAUUACGUCCACAGGAUUGGGAGGACAGGGAGGGCAGGAAAAAGUGGUCUUGCAACUGCUUUCUUCAAUGAGAAUAACUCUUCCAUGGCAAGGUCUUUGGCUGAGCUAAUGCAAGAAUCUAAUCAAGAGGUACCUGCGUGGUUGUCUCGCUAUGCUGCUCGCCCAUCUUAUGGUGGGGGUGGUGGGAGGAACAGAAGGUCCGGUGGUGGGAGCCGCUUCGGUGGCCGUGACUUCCGCAGGGAUUCUUCCUCUGGAAGAGGUGGCGGUGACUACUAUGGUGGAGGCAGCAGCGGUGGAGCUGGUGGAUAUGGUGGUUCCUCUGCAUAUGGGGGUGGCGGCUAUGGUGGCGGCGCGGGUGCUCCAAGUGCCUGGGAUUAAUUUAUAGUUGCUCCCUAUUAGGGUCCGUCAGGUCUAGGUUGCGUUUUACUCUAGUUUCCUCAAUAGUAUACAUUUUUGGUAGGAGCUGAUAUACAGCGACAAUACAAGGUGAACUGUGUCAUCCCCUUUUUUUUCUUCUGGUUGCUACAAGGUAGUCUUAUCUCGCAGAUGUCCAUUAUGGAGAGUCUUGAGGACUUUCAAGCACACACAAGAUUCCUAGUUAGGAAUAGUUUUUCCGGGGACUGAAAUUCCUAGUUAGGGAUAGUAGUUGGUAUUGGUAGACUGACAUUUGGUGCUUGAUGCCAAGUUUCUGCCUUUUUGCCGUUUCCUUGGUCCAUGUCUCAUUUUGGUGGUCGGUUGGUUGUAGAGCUUGUGGUGAGGGAGGCUUUUGCGGCUUGAUUUUUGACCGAAGUUUGAUUUUGAUACCCAGGUUGAACAAAGAGGUAGGAGGAUAUGUAGUCCUUUAGAUCUUGUUGUAAUGUAUAUACUGUGAGGUGAGGCUGGGAAAGAAUAAGUUUUGUCUAGGUUUAUAAAGGAAGAAGGGGGAAAUUCUGUGAUGUUUGUUCCUUGAGAGGAUACAUGUUGUGAAUUUGUUUUGAAUGGAUGAGUGUCAAUUAUUAUUAUAUUACUCGAA